AUGCCCCCCGCCACGCGAUCCCACAAAUCAGCAAAAUCUGUAGCAAAAGUGGAUGAAGUUACGGAUGGAAUAUCUAAUCUCAAACUUCGGACCAAGUCGACUAGUUCCAAGGUCGAAUCGACAGCCAAGUCUGUUCCGCAAGAGUUACCAGCGGACAGAUUACGCAACUCGAUGGUUAUUGUGAACGAAGCCUCUCAAACGCUCUCAAGUGCGGUCAAAUCAGGAUGGAAACUUGGUUCUGAUGGGGAGACUGAGUGGUCCCUAGAAAGGAUCAAUAAAGUCAUGGUCCCCGUUCCUGGAGCGCUUGUGACUUUACGCGCCGUGUACAAAGAGCAGGAAAAGGCUGAGAAAUUGGUGGAUGUCGAGAGAGCGGCGUUGGGUGUGGUUUCAAAGCUGAAUGGACUGCGAGUGAGGAGCGACCCAAGUCUCGAGCUGCAAAGUCCAAGUCCUCAACGCCACAGACAUCUUGGCCUCCUCCGCCUCCCCCGACUCCCCGACCUCUCGUCUUUACCAGCGCCUUCUCAAUCCCUCCAAGUUGCGUUGGCCACUUAUCAAGCACAUUCUAUUAAAGCUGUUCUAUCUGGUCUAAACCACUCUCAUCUCGAGGAACUAUACACUCUUCUCAUCUCCCCUCAAUUCACCCUUACACGCUUUCCCCCGCCACCAGGUGUCCUUCCAACUGAACAACUAAGCGCAAUCUUUGUGGGAACAUUUCAAGCACUGGCUGGGUCUGGGGCACUUUCUCCUCCCCUGCCGGCUCCUCGACGACCACCGCCACGACUGCGACUACAAAGAGUGCUAGAGCACCGAGCUCCAGAGGAACUCGUCCUGCUCGUUCGGAAACAAGCCUUGUUGAUUUUGGCACGUAGCCCAAGUUUGGAGAAGGACACGGAUUUGUUUUGGGAGCAGGCUCUCAAGUGGGGUGCGAUUUAUGUAAAGGGCAUUUCUGCCUCUCCGACUCCCCCGUCUGAAUCUCAAAUAACCCAGACCCUCUCUUCGUUCUUCACGGACCUCGUGUCUGUUGUGUCUAUCCGAGGUCCGAGGUUUGAAGCAUUGUGCGAAUGGUGGAUUAGAUUUGCCAAGAAGACCAAGGAUGUAGAAUUAAUUGGAAAGAUUAAUGGGCUAGUUCAAGGGACCGACGAUAGACCCAAAACGCCAACAAAAAUAUCCAGAACUGUUACAGAAAUCGCUCACGCCGACAUUAAACCCGCUACGUCCAGCAUUCGGUCUGAGAAUAGCACACCAGCUGCGUUGCUCGCCUCUUUGGAUCGAGCAUCGCUCUCCGCUACUCCUGAGGAUAUGCACACCGCCGCUGACGCCCUGCUUACUCUGUGUCGAAGCACUUCUGCUGACUCGUCUCUACCCCAACGUGUCUCGGAUUUGAGAAAGGCGUGCGCAAAGUGCUGGUCAAAGGACAAGGAAGCUACGAGGAAGGUUGUCAAGGCUAUUGUUGGCUGUGCAGUGAUUCCAGGUUUUCCCGCAGAAAUAACGGUCAGCGCCAUCGACGCUCUACUCACGCUUUCGAGGAACGAAAUCGAUGCGAGUAAUUACGAGACAUACGAAAAGGCCAACAGAGGGAUCGGGAAGGCUCUCAAACUCGCCGAGGCAUUCGCCGAACGGACCGAUGCAUCUGACCGAGAAGACCAACGAAGCACCCACCCGACUUUGCUCCGUGCGAUCUCCAAUACGGGCUACACGCUCGCCGGCGCGCUCUACAACGCUUCUCGGGCAACACAGGCGAUCGCGUUCAUCGAACAGAGCUGUCUAGUUGGCGAACGAGCUUUGGCGCUUGCUGAUGUAUCUGGAGGAAGCAAGGACAAGGAAAUUAUAGCGCUCCGAGAACAUAUGCCCCGUAGAUGGGAACUCUUAGCCAUCUGCAGGCUCAAGGCAACAGAUCGCCGAGGCGCCGUCGAGGUGGCAAAACUGGACGACAAGACGAGCCAUUUCAUCUCUCAGUUGGUCGGAAUCUCGGUCUCGGAACUGUUCGACCCCGAGAGCGUAUUGCUUUCUCGGCUGUUUGCAAACUUGGAUGUAGAAGAAAAGCUCGUGUGUCUUAUGAUGGAGCGCGUGGUCAAGGUUUUGGAGGAUAUGAUGCACAAACCUGUUGCUCAGAAAGCUAUGAAAUUGGCGGCUGGAGAGUUGGGGAAGAUGUGGGCGGAUCGGCACCCUGUGAAACGUGCAAAGUUGUUGAUCUCGUUGCUCAAGCAUGAGUACCAUACCAGUGGAUCUUCUGUCAAGGUCUCAUCCGGUGAAAUACUCGAGCUCCUAUCCUCAGAUAACCUCAAGCAAGAUUCUCGCUUCAAGCCUUACAUCCCUGAAUACAUUGCUCAAACACACAUAUGGAACGCUCUAUUGCUACACAAGUCAAAUGCGCCGACAGCUGAAGUGCCUGUUUCGGCAAAAACUGCUGGCAAGCGGCCUGUUGGGAGGACUAGGUCUAUUUCCAGGCGUGGAGGCAAAGAGAAAGAAAAGGAAAAGGAAGCAGCUCCUUCCAAGGAUAAGAGUCUCUCGGCCCCUCUUGUGCUAGACGACCGGGGAGGAUUGAUCCAGUCUAUGGACAUGAUCGCACAGAUUCUUGGACUUUUGAAUCAUACCGUUUUGAAGCUACAAUUUUUGCAUAUUAUUAUUUGGAUUUGUGAGGAGACAGAUGUGGACAAGAUGGUCGAAGUUCAUGUCAGGACAUCGAUCGAUUUAUCGGCGCAAUAUAUUCAACUCGGACAGUUGGAAACGGCCAUGAAUGUACUUUCCCGUUCGAGCGAACUGGCCGAAACGAAUGGUGUUAGAAUCGGAAUUCCAACCCUCGUUAUGUUACGAUUGCUUUAUGCGGAUGUUUUGGCGAGGUUGAGAAAAACAAAUGAAAGCGCGAAACUAUAUAUAUCCGCACUUGAACUCUCAGAGCAAAUUGAACCUGUUGAGAAGGGUGCUGCGUACAUGGUCAAAACAGAGGCUAGGCUGCGAGCACUGCAACAGAGCGCUACAGCCUGCAGGGUAUAUGCGUCCAUUCAAGCAUCAAGGGACGACACAACCACCAUGCUAUUUGCGCUAAUGCAAUCGCUUAGACUCUGGAACCGUGCGAUCGAUAUCUUACUCCGGCUAACUGAAAAAAUUCAACCCAGUGCUCCUGCCGAGCCUGCCAAUCCGUUUGAAGUGCAGAGUACUCUGGCCAAAGCGCCUACUCUGGACGAAGCGUCACAGGCCAAGAAGACCGUCUCACGCGGCGCGAUAAUGGAUGGUGUACAGUGGCAAAUUGCUCAGGGUCUUUUGAGAACAAUAUUCGAUCUUGGAGAAGCGUAUUCGUUACGAGGGUCAGUGCGGGAAGCAGAAUACUUCCUUGGGCAGGCCGAAUCAUUGUCCGAGUCACUCCACGCGCCUCUUGGAGUUGGGCGCUCGCUUUUGAAGCAGGCGGAACUCAAGAUGGCACGAGGGCUUUUGGAUGAGGCACUCGAGACACUUGCGAAGGCGGAGGAGAUUGUUGCAGAUCCCAUCAGUACUGACACUUCCUACUUAAACUAUCUAUUGGGACAUCAUAGGCAGAAGGAGGCUGCCAGUGGAGAGGACGCGUACGUCAUGUACACUCAAGCACAGAAUGUUUUGCAACAAUUGGAUGAAAACUUGAAUAAGCUUCAAAGGCAUAAAUCCGUAUCCAAGCCCACUGCAGAUAUCUUGGUACCUGAUAUUCAAGGCGUGAUAAUGCGAGAACAAAUCUGGCUGAGCCGAAUUGGUGAGGUCCAGCCGGAAGAGCAAAAAGCGUUGGAAGAUCUCGAGAAGCUACCACAAACGCUUAAGAGCAAGUCUGAGCAAGCGUCACUCCUUGGUCGAAUCGCAUUGCAUGAAGUGUACAGCCAGUUUAGAUCUGAUCUGUUCCUGAGUUCUUUGACUGAGUCUGCAAUCGCCGUACCGAUGGGGAUGACGAGCAAGGACGCAGUAUCGAAUCAACCGAACCCUACCCGUGAUGCCCUCGGCACUUUGGGAACAGCCGAACAAAACUUCUGGAAAACGCUCCAGCUGAGCGUAGCACAAGGAGAUGUGACUCGUAUUCGGGAAUCUGCGACCAACUUGGCUCGAAUCAUGGCGUUCCAGUCUUCUUUGGGUAAACAGGGUGUCGAGGGUGCUGUUCUUACUGCUGCAUUUAACGCAACCACACUGCGACGAGAAAUGCUUGAUGCCAUUGCGAACAAGGACAAGACAAAACUUGGUGGGGAUGACAUAGUAUGGCCCGCGAUUAACGAGGAUGGCAUGCCUUGCGAUAAACCCACUAAGCAACCCCGCGGAUUGUUUGCAGCAGACGAAUCUUCGGAAAGAGAGGAUCUCGAGAGCGACGACGAGGUCAUGAGGCAAUACUGGGAUUUUAUAAAGGCAAAGUAUAGCAGCCUCUCAUUCGAUGCUUCCAUGUCUCAGCAGAUCAAUCUUCUGCCCAAGCAUUGGACAGUUGUCACUAUCAAUGUUACGGACGAUAAAACAGCGCUUAUUGUGUCCAGGCAGCGACCGGAUCACCAGCCCGUCAUAUUCUGUUUGCCUUUGGAUCGGCGAGGGCGAGAAGGGGACGACGAAGAACAAUUUAGCUACGAUGAUGCUGUGGAAGAGCUCACCUCCAUCAUUGAGACAAGUGACCGUAUCACCCAUGAAGGUGUCAACAUCGAGGGCAAUAAACAAGCCAUUGCCGAUUGGUGGUCAGAGAGAACUGCUUUGGAUCAACGAAUGCGAGAAUUAUUGGAGAAUAUCGAGUUUUGUUGGUUGGGAAUUUUCAAGGCAAUGCCAAACGUCCAUAGUGCAGAUACACUCUCUUUGCUGCGGGGUCGUUUGGAUAAGGCCUUUAAGAGAAAUGGAAUUGGCGGUGAUAAGACGAGUGCUCGCCCUAAACUUGACAAGAGUCUUCUCGAUUGUUUCUCGUCGAUCUCUCCCAAAUGUAGGGACGAAGAGCUGGAGGAUCUAGCAUAUUUUAUUCUUGAUCUUUAUCAAUUGCAUGGAAUAUCUAUUGCGUUGUCCGACGUAGAUAUUGAUACUCUUGUUGUGGAUCUUCGAAAUGCGUUGGAAGAACACGCGCUUAAAACAGUUCCUCGUCCAACCCAAAUAGAAGACCAUCAUAUGUUCUUGGUCCUCGAUAAAAGCGCCCAGCGAAUUCCAUGGGAAUCUAUUCCUGUCUUGCGCGGACGAUCCGUCAGCCGUAUUCCUUCAAUCUCAUUCUUGGUUGAUCGGAUUCAGCUUGCCAGGCAUCGUCAGGGUUUACCCUUCGCCUCUCCGGACUCGAAACCGGGCACCCAGCAACUGGACCGCAUUACUAUAGAUCCAAAACGAGUUCGAUACGUGCUGAACCCCAAAGGCGACUUGAAACAUACUGAGAAGCAAUUUGGCCCUUGGCUCAAACGCAUGACGAAAGAAGUUGGGUGGAGCGGUACUAUCGGUAGGGUACCAACUGAAGAAGAGAUGGCAAGAUCCCUCUCAGGAAGCGAUUUGUUCAUGUAA